ACCCUGGUUUUAUCUGUGGCUGCUGCAGUUUUUGCAGUUUUUAUCUGCAUUCCUGUUCUUCGAUGUAUACAAAAUCAAGAUGAAAGCAACAGGGCUCUGUUGCUAUAUUACAUCCACGUCUCAGUUCCAUGCAUCCUGAUAUCCAUCGCAUUCGCCUUAUGGGGUACAAUUGAAGGUUCCUUUCGAGAGGCUUAUGUUUGCUCUGUUAUGAAUCUCAUGAGGAUCCUAAGGAUAUUUAAGAUGUCUCCAUAUAAACCUCCUGGUCCAUGUCACAUUAGAGUCUCGAAAUUGGCUGUGCCAUUGGAGAUGUUUGUCAUUACAGCAGGGUUCAAUUCUGUUGAUAUUCAGCCAGUAUUUACAGACUCUACAACAGACAAUAGAGUAUUGCUUGGAGUAUGUUUUGGAGGAUUGCUAUUAUUUGGAUUAAUAGCACUGUGCGUUUCCGGACCUGCUGUCUGCGUAGGGUCCUCAGUGCUGUGCGUAAUAGGCCCUUGCAGGAAUAGGUGGGCGUUUUUCAACAGAGGGACAAAACCUCUCCUUGUGGUUCUGUUGCUACAAUUCGCCAUCACUGCCCAAUCAGCGUGCAUUUUGAUCUUCUUGCGUAUUCCAUUUUUUAUUGCACUGGUGUUGUUUCCAGUGAGAAUUUUACUGCUUCUUGCCUUUGGAGUAACAUUAUGUCUGGUCAAAUGUGGAUAUUUGCGUCAGAAAGUCUUCCUUCUGCCUUGGGUCAUUCUUGAUAUUGCAUUGAGUUUUCCAAUUCUGGGCAAUAUUUUGAAAAAUGAGAAAGAACUCCCUGUAUGGAUGUGUUUCUAUGCAUUCCUCUACGUCCUGACUGCCACAGUGGCCUGUCAACACAACACUGAUGAUUAUGAUGAUGUUGAAUGGGAUAUAGCUCAUAUCCUAGUGUACGUGUUUGGUUCUACCUUAAGUGUCAUUAAUUCAGUUGCUCUAGCAACAGAAGUGUUUCUGAAAGCAGGUGAGUACAGUAAAAACAUUUUGCAUCUCAAUGAAAACAUCUGUGGUGAUUGUCCCCUUGGUGAUGUGAGAAGUGUGUGGAUACAGUGGCUUCAGAAAGUAUUCAAAGUUUGCAUUCCCUUUUUGCACACUUUAUUGUGUUGUAGAUAUAGUUUUAAAUGGAUCAAAUUGCCAAAAAUUGAUAAGAAUUUAUAAAUGUUUAUCAAUCUACUCUCAAUAACCCAUAAUGGCACUCCAAAUUGUGGUCAGGUGCAUCCUGUUUGCUUUAAUUGUGUGCAGUACCGGUUUGGACCACUGGAGGGUGGUUUGGUCAUUUGACAGACUUGUCAACCUAUUUACUCACAGGUGUAAUCAUUUCAGUGCAGUCAGGCCACACCCUCGAUAAACCCUCCUCUCACAGCACUCUGUGUAAUUUGUGUUACGCUGAGGCUGGUAAACGUUAUCGCUGGGUCUCUGAGAAAAGAGUUUGUUGGAGUCUAA